UGCUUCUGCUUACGUACACCCGGGGUUCCGAGGAUCUGGCGUGAGUGACAGAGCUCGCCUCUGGAGGAAACGGAGCGACUCCAAACUGCAAGGCCCGCGGCAGUCAGUAUAAAGCAACUUUUAGCAUGCAAUAGGCUGUUUGGCAUGUGCCCUGCCCCCUCCAAAUUCAUUUUCCCCAUCUGUUCUGAAAUUCUGUUGCUUAAAUAAUACACAGGAAUUGUUUGAAUAAUGAGUUCGUACACAAUUUCACUCGCUGGACCUUCGCCAUGGGGCUUCCGGUUGCAAGGAGGCAAGGACUUCAACAUGCCCCUCACCGUUUCUAGGAUUACACCCGGGAGCAAGGCAGCCUCCAGCAACUUGAUUCAGGGUGACAUCAUCGUGGCCAUUGAUGGGGUCAGCACAGAGGGGAUGACACACCUGGAGGCCCAAAACAAGAUCAAGUCUGCCAACUUCAAUCUGGCACUCACCAUGCAAAGGUCAAAGCGACCCACUCCAGUUCCCAUGACCACACCGAGGAUUGACUCCCCUAUGUCUGUGAUCCCCCAUCAGAAGGUUAUUACCAACACUCCUGCCAACAAUGAAUACCUGCCCAGCUUCAACCCAAUAGCUCUGAAGGACACUGCACUCUCCACCAACAAACCCAUUGAGGUGAAGGGGCCUGGAGGCAAGGCCACCAUCAUCCAUGCACAGUACAACACCCCUAUCAGCAUGUACUCCCAGGAUGCUAUUAUGGAUGCCAUUGCUGGUCAGUCCCAGGCCAGGGGUAGCGAGCUGUCUGGUAAUCUGCCAGUUAAAGACCGUGUUAUAGACAGUGCUUCCCCAGUGUAUCAGGCCGUCAUCCCCAGUGAAAUUGAUAAAAUGGAGCCGGCAGAUUGGGCCAAAAGAGCCGCCCAGCUGCAGUCCAAGUCCUUCCGUGUCCUCGCCCACAUUACUGGAACUGAAUACAUGCAAGACCCUGAUGAGGAAGCUCUAAGAAGAUCAAGGGAUAUGUUUGAAUCCGAAGCCAAAGGCCCUCGUUUUGCUAAACUGAAAAACUGGCACCAUGGCCUGUCUGCACAAAUACUUAAUGUGCCUCAUGCCAGAUUUGAUCCAAGCAGCUCUUUUCUGACAUCACUGCAACCUAACCUUGUAUCUAGUACUCUGGCUGAGCAUGCUCCAGUUUCCACCAGUAUUGCAUCUGUCUAUCCGCCUACUAUCGCUGCUUUGCCCAAUGAGCUGCUUUCGGAGCUGCAGAUAGCCAUUCAGGCAGCCAAGCCUGAUGUGGAGCAGAUUUCUGAGCAAACCACUGUAGCCAGCUUCAACUUGCAGACCUCUAUAGGUUACAGUUCCCAGUACAAAUCCUCCAUCUCCAGUUCUUACACCCAGCCUCCACUUAUGCAGCAGCCUCCACCACCUAUGCAGCACAGCUCAAUCCAGAUCCCUCUAGGUCCACCUCCAGCUAAUGUGCUCAGCAGUGCCACCAUUGUGCCUGCAGCAUACCCAGCUGCCCCAGCUCCUCCGAUGGUUCACAAACCUGCUCCUCCUCCACCUGCUCCUGCUGUAGCUGCAGCGUCUUCUUCCAACAGGCCUCCUUGGGUUACUGAUGAGAACUUUGCCCAGAAAUUUGACCCUGACAAACCCACCACCACCACAAAUAUCAGAGUGAACCCUCUUCCCCAGGCAGCCCCACCACCACCAGCCUACAUCCCCAACCCUGUCCCUGUCCCUGCUCCCGCUCCAGCUGCACCCAGCCCUGCAUUCAACCCCGCCCCCUUCCCACCUGUGGCUCGUGGAGUUGCUCAAAGGGCAGAGCGUUUUGCAGCCAGCAACAGAACACCUCUGUGUGGAGCCUGUAACAGCAUCAUCAGGGGACCAUUCCUGGUAGCAUUGGGUCGUUCCUGGCAUCCAGAAGAGUUCAAUUGCCAUUAUUGCCACACAUCCCUGGCUGAUGCCAGCUUUGUGGAGGAGCAGAAUAAUGUUUACUGUGAAAACUGCUAUGGCGAAUUCUUUGCACCUACCUGUGCUCGCUGCAACACCAAGAUCAUGGGAGAAGUGAUGCAUGCGCUGCGGCAGACCUGGCACACCACUUGCUUUGUGUGUGCAGCUUGUGGAAAGCCCUUUGGAAACAGCCUCUUUCAUAUGGAGGAUGGUGAGCCAUAUUGUGAGAAAGAUUAUAUUGCACUCUUCAGCACAAAGUGCCAUGGCUGUGACUUCCCAGUUGAGGCAGGAGACAAAUUUAUUGAAGCUCUUGGCUACACAUGGCAUGAUACCUGCUUUGUUUGUACGGUGUGCCAUGUGAACCUGGAAGGACAGCCUUUCUAUUCCAAGAAAGACAAGCCCUUAUGCAAAAAGCAUGCACAUGCCAUCAAUGUGUAACUGCUUCAACAUUGCAUCAAAAGCUGUCAGUGAAGGAACUAAAUGCAAUUGUUACAUCUGCAUGUGUGGUUUUAUGGCAAGACAUCAGUGCCAAUCCAAAUGACACAAAAAAUAAUAUAAAAGAUAUACAGUAUAUAGUUUAUUAAACAGCAUAUUAGUAAGCAAGUGACUGAAUGAUACAUAAACUAGGCUAUUUGACAUUUUUAAUCCAAAUCCAAUGUGCACAUAUAAUUCAAGUUCAUUCUUUGUUUUUAGAAUAACCCUAAUACAUUUA